AGUAAUUUUUGAAUUUCAAAAAUGAUGUUAUGUUAUAUUAAGACAUUGUUAUAUAAAUAGUUUCUGAUGAUUUGGCCACCCCCAUGGAAGUCGUUCCAGAUGAGAACCUUUCAGUUGAAAAACAGUUACCAGCUAUGGCUAAACAACCUGCAUUAGUAGUCGUAGAAACAAUACCGACACUACCAACAGUGGUGAAAUUGACGCCGAUGGAUGAUGUUCACGAUCCGAAUACCUCAAAUGAGUCAGAAUUGAACAUUACAACUGAAGAAACCGUUAAUGAAAAUGCAGAAAUAACAAGUACUGCUCAAUCAUCUUCAACUACAGAUGAGAGUAUAUGGAACUUCAAACCAAACUUCAUCACGUAUUUCACAUUGGUGUCCCAAAUGGAAUUACCUGACGGUUGGAUAUGGUCAUUCAACCAAGCCAAAAACGCCAUUCUUUGCAUUUACACGGACCCAUUAUCUAACGGAACGGUGACAGUGAAAGCAAUACUAUUCCGAAACUCACAAGAGGUUUCGUAUCAUCUUAAUGGAAAGCACAUUGCACCAAACAGUAUUCCUAAUCAUUUUUCAUCAAUGGAAGACAUAUCAAACUUAAUAAGGAAUUUUCACGAAAAAAACAUUUGCGUUGGUAUUGUUGGAAGCCAGUUUAAAGAUGGCGAGUUUUCAUUACGGCUCUCUGUAGUUUUUGACGCCAAUGGAGUCAUUCGAUCAGGCUUCUGCAAAAUUCUAAUGGACAAAAAAAAACGAUGUGUGAAAUGUAGCACUUUAAAAUGUUACCUACAGAAAACGAUGAAAAGCAGAAAGCACGAAGAUUUUUUAACACAAUCAGACUCCACAAAAAAAAAAAAAAUCUGAAUUGACCCAGAAAAAUGAAGAACUGUAUCGUUGUCGGAUGCAAAAGAACAUUUACAAAUGUAGGGCAAAGGAUGCAUCAACUAUGAUUGCCAAAUGACGUCGUGAGUGUAGGAUAAUGGUCCACAAGGAUUCAAGGAAUGGACUCGACCGUCUAUUAAUGCAUCUAUCUGAAACGGAGAAACAGGUUGUCAAAAUGUUUAUUGCCAAGGCAGCAAUAGAUCCGGCGCAUGACAAACACCGUCGCACAAUGCGAUUCGAACACUCCUUCCUAAUUCAGUGUGCCAUUCUCAGAAUGAAAAGUCACACAGCAUAUGUACA